CCAUCGCUCGCCGAUGCAUGGUCAAGGUGUAGUCGGCGUCGAAACACCGGCUAGCUAAUCACCCUCGUACACCAAACACCGCAGGUCCGCCUGUCUUUCGUUUUCCCAUUUUCACCCGAGUCCAAUUUUUCCGAACCAUUUUUAAUUCAAGCGUUCAAAAUUCCGACCUAACUUUGGCACGACUGAAUUAUAGAUAUAUUUGUAUACCACGGUUCCAGAAUUAUGUAAACCCGUGCCUGGUCAGCGUGCGUUUUUGCGAGUGUGUGUUUUUAUACGAAAUAAUAAUCCGGUAAACAAGUGGAUGCAACUUAACUUAUACCUGUAACUUGAUUAAUACACCCGAAUAAUAAUACUAAUGACAAUGCUGUUGUAAAUAAAAACGAACAAAUAUUAUGUGAAUGCUAGUGAAGAGUUUCGAAUGAAACGACACGCUUAUAGACCAGUCGAUGGAAUAAUUUAACAUCGCACGAUUCGGCGUAAACCAGAAAUUCACCGUUCCGUUGUGACCAAAUCACGAAAUGACGUUUGGCCAAUUUUUCAACACAUCGUCCUACAGUGUGAUUAGCGUGUGCGAUCAUCCUGCGAAUACGCCAUCGUAACGUGAGUGCCUUUCGGAAUCGGAUAUAAAUCACAAGCGAAGAGGAACAUUUGGACAAAUAACAAGAGAAGAAAAAAAAAAAAAGAAAAAGAAACAGCACGCUGCAGGUGAAUGGGAUGGGACGGUGAGUCGAGGGGUCGUGCGCUUCAAGUCAUCCGGGAGGUUGGUAUAUGUAUAGCUCGGUGAGCUAUAACCGUAAUUCCUGCAUGGUGCGAGGGAUAUCCUGAGGUAUACGAGGGAGGAAAGAGAUGGGAGCUGGAAUGGGAAGGAGUGGUACAAGCGGGGGAGGACUUCUAGAGGCUCUGCCGACUGGGACGCCUCUUCACGUCGCAAUGCUCGGCCUCGACAGUGCGGGUAAGACGACUGCCCUUUACCGGCUCAAGUUUGAUCAGUACCUCAACACUGUGCCCACCAUCGGCUUCAACUGUGAACGAAUAAGGGGCGGAAGUGGCAAGGCCAAAGGAGUCAACUUUCUGGUAUGGGACGUUGGUGGGCAGGAGAAGCUGCGACCGUUGUGGAAGUCGUACACCCGAUGCACGGACGGCAUCAUAUUCGUCGUGGAUUCCUGCGACGCCGAGAGGCUUGAAGAGGCAAAAAUGGAGCUAACGCGGACAGCCAGAAGCCCGGACAACGUUGGGGUCCCGAUCCUGAUUCUCGCAAACAAGCAAGACCUGCCUGGAGCAAAGGAGGUUGGCGAGUUGGAGAAGCAGCUCGGAGUGCUGGAGCUGACGGGAAUGCCGGGAAGUUCGUGCAUCCGAGUGCAGCCGGCGUGCGCGAUAACCGGUGAAGGUCUGCACGAGGGUCUGGACACGCUUUACCAGCUGAUACUGAAGCGGAGGAAGCUGGCAAAGCUGAAUCGGAAGAGAGCGAGGUAGGCCCGGGUUUCAGAGGACUGCACAUGCGUCUUCUGAUAUUGUUCCCAGCCACCGUCGCCAGGCCUGGCGUCGACGCCAUCCUCGGUGUCGUCCGACGGCGACCCGGUGGUUAUUUUUACAGACCAACCCUCCGCCGAACGGCCAAUGGACGGAUCGAACCCUGGAGCCCAUCGACGGGGCAACGAGAGGAGCUUCGAACCGGAAGAAGAGUCCUCUUGUGGAGUUUAAGGAGCUUUGGAGUCGCGAAAAUGACCUUGCAUCAGAUCGGAUGUCGAGUUUUCAGUCCCCUUCCCCCAAUGUCCAUUUUCCUGUGGAUGUGAAGAGGAAAAGUGAACGGCUAUUUGUGCGAUUUUCUCACGUGCCGAUAAUUUUUGCGACCGCAAUUGAAACGGAGAGGGAAAGUGCACCUGUAACGGAUUUUCGCCUGGCACCGGAAGUCCGUUCAGUGUAUCGGAAGGUAACGCGAUACCCGGGUAACCAGUGGGAACUGCAUGUGCCUACUGCGGCGAUAUAUGGAUAUCGUAUUUCAAAACUGUGCAGCCUGAGAAAUCGACACAUGUGUAUGUAACGCUAAAUAUGUAUCUCGGGUUUCAAAAGUGAUUAUUAAAGAACUUACAUGUGUAAUCCGCUGGACAGAAAAUACACGCAGAGCCUCGAUCUCGGCUCUUCAUAAUACAGCGAUAACAACUCAAUUUGACGAAUGGUUGUUAUUGACUGAUGAUAUUGGGAAAUAUUUGGAGAAUUGUGAAAAAUUGAAAAAAAAUACGAUCAUAUUUUAUAAUGAGUGACGAUGCUAGUCGAUGAACUGGGAGUUAUUUGGAGAUUUGAAGAAUCGUGUAAACUGUACUGAGAAGUCUGACGCCGUUGGAAGAAAAAUCAGCGAAACUUGAUUGUUACGAUAACAUUAAUCACAACAAGCGAUGCGUAUAAAUUUACUUGUAAAUAGGCACACGUUGGAUAUGAGAAGAAUCGUCUCGUGCACGCGAAGGAUAACGUAUUUGUAACUGUACAACGUGCAUGCAGAUUGAUAUUACAACGGUCACGUAGAAGCAAGCCUGGUGGAUCAUUGUUUUGCUGUUAUACAAAAAUCGAGAUUACGUAUAGCUGUAAUUAAUGUAUAUUGAAGUCGGAUGUUUUAUAACUGUGUAAAAUUAUUAAAUAUAUAUUAUACAUACAUACAUUGUAUACAUUAGGUAUCAAAGCAGCGGAUUAUUUGUUGAGAAUACUAACGACAAUUACAUAUAUACAUAUAUUAUAUGUCUUGUUUAUGGAUUUAGAUAAAUAAUUGUACAUUUAAAUUCUUGAUUUCCGGCUCGUAUCAGAGCAAUGUUACGAAGGAUCCGGUGUAUGUUCAACGAUAGUUAUUGUGUUUGUAGAAAUAAGAGCCGUUGUUUGUUUAUUAUUCGUUUCCAAUUAAUAUACGUAUCAACUAUUAUUCUUCAAAAUUCUAUCGUACGCUGAACGUGUACUGUAAAUGAGAAUAUGACGAAUGUGAAAAUUUCCGGACAAUUUAGGGAGCCAAUUUUCAAACUCACCACCCAACAUUAUGUUUUCUUUACUUCAAUUUUGUAAUUCUCUUUAUCACGUCAAAUUCGAAUAAUAUAUAAUCGUUUUGUGGCGAGGAAUAGCAAUCCUUUUUCUCUGUUCGAUUCUGCACAAAGUUUACACUGAACUUUCUCGGUGCAACAAUAAAGAUAAUGAAAAUAAUAUAUUUGAUAACUCGACGAAUUUGAUUAAUAUCGACGAAUUUGAUUAAUAAUUAAAUAACUGAACACGUCGGUGAGUUUAAAAAUUUUAGGUAUACCUAUCUAGAUUUUGACCUGGAAGCUUCUCACAGACAUGACAAUUAUUUCUCUACAUAAUAAUUAUCCUUGUUGUGUUUAUUGUACUAUUCAAUAUUUUAUCUUGCGCUUCGAUUUAUCGAUCCUACCUAUAAUAAUAUAAAAUGACUAUUUAUAUACAUUGCAAUGUAAGAAAAAUAUGCGUUAUAUACACAAUGAAUUCGUAAAUGCGCGACAUCAGCGACUAAUUAUACAAUUAUAACUAUACAUAUAAUAUCAGCGUAAUAUUAUAUACAAAAUACAAUCAUUGUUAUGCCGUAUAUAAUAUAAUGUUUGUAUGACUGGCGUUUCCGUAAAUACGAAACCAUGCCUAUUAGCGUCACAAAUAGAUCAUAUGUUAUACAAUAGAUAUUAUCAAACGUAUAUACGAAUAUCCCUAAGGUGAAACCUGCCUCACCCUCUGCUACGUCAUAGAUGUACCUUAAACAUACCUCUAAAUCGAUCACUUAGCUAUAAUAUACAUACAACUAUUUCUAACGAUAACGAUCAAUUUUUUAUUGCAUAUCUCUGUAAGUAAUUAUAAUUAUAUUCGUACAAUGUGAGUGUACAUAUAUAUUGGAUAAUUAUAAUUACUGUAUAAUGCAUAUGGUAUACAACUCAUUCUUAGCUGUCAAAUUGAAGAUUUGUAAGUAAAAUAUUUAGCAUCAUUUUCCUCAUCGUCACGCAUAUAAUAAUAUUAUAACACACGCAUAAGAUACACGUAGAGUAAUAUUGGUAAACUCACAAUCUUCUCGUACGAAGCACACACGCAAUAUACAUACGAUACAUACCUAUAGCUGUCAUUUGUAACGAUAAUAAUAUUACCAUAAUGUUAUUAUAAAGUCAUAAUUGUUACGUUCUAAA